AUGGACAAUUGUCCUAUGGGUCAUAGAGCUACCCAAAUGGGCCCAAUGCUCUGGAUGUCACUAUGGGGCCAUGUACUAAGGAUAGUUGUUGGGCCCAAUAUCAAGAAUCCCAAUGGCUAUAUGUUGGGCCCAAUGCGGGUCAGGAUAGGUUAUGGGCCCAAUGUUGGGGCCAAUUCAAUUUCUGUCACUAAUGGCUAUAUGUUGGGCCCAAUGGUCAAAGCAUUGUAUGAUGGGCCCAAGGGCUUGGGAAUGCCAAUGAUUUUACCGGGAAUUUUUCACCAAGAGUUUGGGGUAUUUCAAGUGGGAAUCGUGGGGUUUGGCGGAACUUUCGGGGGUGUCGGAACUUGCGGGGUUUAG